AUGUCCCCUCCUAGGCGCGCCCUAUUUUCACUGAAUCUCGACACUGACGCUGAUCACGUCCAUCAACGCAUUUCGCAUCACAACAAAGACGGCGAAGACCGUGUUCGAGUUAUUGAAACCAAGGGGCCAACGCAUAGCCAUACCGAUCUAUCCUACGUUACAAAGCCGUUUGAAAAAGCUGUAAACAGAGCUGUCAACGAAGUCGUCGACGGAACAGGGAAAAAACAAAUCCAAGCGUCGCGCCUUGGAAAACAAAUACGAUACCUCGGAGUUGUAAUCCAACCCAUCACCAUGUCCACAGACGCCAAACCCCUCCGCAUCGUUGUCGGCUGCGACUCUGCUGGCGUAUCCUACAAAAACGCCAUCCUCGCCGACCUCAAAGCAGACAAAUCCCGCAUCUCCGCCGUCCACGACGUCGGCGUCCCUGCCUCAUCCGACAACACCGCCUACCCACACGUCGCCAUCGAUGCUGCCAAACUCGUUGCAGCCGGCGAAUACGACCGUGCGAUCCUCAUCUGCGGCACGGGACUGGGCGUUGCCAUCAGCGCGAACAAGGUACCCGGCAUCCGUGCCGUGACCGCACACGACAGCUACAGUGUCGAGCGCUCGAUUCUGAGCAACGAUUGCCAGGUGCUGUGUAUGGGCGAGAGGGUGGUCGGACUCGAACUUGCAAGGCGGUUGGCCAAGGAAUGGAUUGGGUAUCGGUUUGACCACACGAGUGCGAGUAAGGAGAAGGUCGAGGCGAUUAUGGAGCAUGAGAAGAAGAACUUUGCCGCGUUGGAGAAGGAGCAGGGCAAAGGGGCGAGCUGUUGA